AUGAUGGCUCCGUUAUGGGUGAUUUUGCUUCUCAACGCGGUCUCCACCAGUACUACGAGUGCGACAGAGUGCAGUGACGCUCAGUUUCAGACAAUAUCGAGCAACGCGAACCUGGCUGGAUGCACGAAUGACGUUGGUUUUGAUAUCCUUUCGGCACUCACUGAAGAUCAGAUUAAGGAAAUAUGCGGCAGCACAGCGUGCAUGGCACUAUGGGAGGACGUUGAGGCAAUGGGUUUUGGCGACUGCGCGAUUCCUGACUUGGGUCUCUCCCUACAAACGGAUAUCCUCGAUCCCGUUUCAACUGAAUGUAGCAUCAGCUCUACUGGAGACGAUGUUGGGUCGGACAACGCGUCUCUCACUAGCCAAAGCUCAUCUGACAGCGCUGGGGCGGUGGCUGUGCCAGUUUUCACGUUGUUUGUCAUGAUGUUGGGCUAGACUUUGUUCAAAUAUCAUUUCACACAAACUAUUCAGACGAUAAAAAAUAUGCUCCUGACCAGAUAAAAAAAAACUUGUGUAAUGUAGAAAAAUUACCCAUUCC